CAGAUAUGGAAGGACAGAGACUAGUUAGAGAAAUAGUGAGAGUGAGAGGGAUUAAGUAAAUGUUCUAUUCAGUCAUGCAUCGGUGGCUUAAUGAAAAGGUUAAAGCUCAUAUUUAUUUAUAUAUAUUUUUAACCGUCGAUAUCCUUUAGUCAUAUGAAGUUUGAGGGAAGUAUCCCUGCACUCUAUCUGACGCCACACUCAACCUCUGAUGCGCUUCGCCGACUAUCGCCUGGCUGGAUGUCAUCGGGACACCCCCCUCAGAAUGUCCUCUGAAUGGUACAGUCGCGAUGCAAAGAGGGAGACCACCCCGAUGCCUGCUGUGUUUACAUGGAUGGCAUAGAUAGCGACGAUGAUGCUCUUGCGUGUGGAAAUAUCCGCAGCGGUUGAAGGCACCAUUGGGGAUUUGAGUGCGAAUGAGAACUAGUAGCAGCAGGAGAGACGCUCAGAUAUUCAAGAAACAACACGUUUUGAACCAUUUGGACGUAGUUCCUCCUGAUGCGGGCCGUCGAUCAUCUAUGGAAGCCGGGGGCUUGAUUUGAUAUGUCGCAAGAGUCAGCCGGACAGGCCGUGAAGCCGCUCGGAAGAACGGGAUACUCGGUGAAUAGUUUGGUCAAGAGGAGAUGGCAGUCCUGACUGAACUUCACCAGUACUACUCUCCAUUCAAACAGAUGGCCAUCCCCCCUUUCAAUUCUGAGUGUACAUAGAGCCCCCCGGCCCCCACCCCACCUUCUUCUGCCUUUCCCUUUCCUCCUACCCUCUCCCAACCCCUUUUGUCCCCUGCCCCUUAUUCUUUCCAUUGUUCCACCCUUUACUUUGACCUCUCCUCGCCUUUAAAUCUGUCGGUCUCAUCAUGGCGUGCUACGGUCGUUCCCUGGACUCCCCUUGUACUCUGGCUCUGCUGGUGGGAUUCCAGUUUGCCUUUGUCCUGUACUUUUCCCUGGGGGGCUUCCGAGGCCUGGUGUCUGUGUUGGUCCACACCACAGAGCCAGAGUUCGAUUACUCCCGACCCCAUGAUGUGUACACUAACCUCAGCCACCUUGGGCCGCCGCCACCCCCUCCCCGCAACACAGGCACCGGACCCCCCGGAACGACACCUCCUCUGAAGGAGUGCCAGUUGCCCUCUCCACUGCUGGUGGGUCCCGUGUCGGUCCACCUGUCUGCCCCGUUGUCUCUUGAGGAGAUCCGACGGAGGAACCCCCUGGUGUCCCCGGGGGGUCACUACAGCCCCCCGGACUGCGAGCCCCGCCACCACACGGCCAUCGUGGUCCCGUACCGGAACCGGCAGACCCACCUGCGGGCCCUGCUGUACCACCUGCACCCCUUCCUGCAGAGGCAGCAGAUCCACUACAGCAUCUACAUCGUGCAGCAGUGGGGGAACAGUACAUUCAACCGCGCCAAGCUGCUGAACGUGGGGGUACGAGAGGCGCUGCGAGACGAGGACUGGGGCUGUAUCUUCCUCCACGACGUGGACCUGUUGCCCGAGAACGACCACAACACCUACACCUGCCACAAGCAGUUCCCCACACACCUGUCUGUCGCCAUGGACAAGUUCCGAUACAGGUUACCGUAUCCUCAGUACUUUGGUGGCGUGUCCGCAGUGACCCCAGACCAGUAUAUGAAGAUGAACGGCUUCCCUAACCACUACUGGGGCUGGGGAGGGGAGGACGACGACAUCGCCGCUAGAGUGCGUCUGUCUGGCAUGAAGAUAGUGCGCCCCCCAGUGGCCAUCGGCCACUACAAGAUGAUCAAGCAUAAAGGAGACAGAGGCAACGAGCAGAACCCACGCAGAUUCGACCUGCUGAAGAGGACCAGGCUCAACUGGCGCUCGGACGGCAUCAACUCGCUGACCUACGACCUCCUGUCCCGGGAGCUUGAGCCCCUCUACACCAACCUGACGGUCAACAUCGGCGAGGACCCCCACCUGCCCCUGCUGAAGUUCCCCAAUCAGCGGAGACCUGGCAGGCCCCCGGCGCCGAAAGCGGACACGAGGAAGGCCGCCGUGCCGCCGCCAAAAUCGCCCGACAAACCGCCGGACGUCGGGACUCUAGCGGCGAAUGUGACGCGGCCGGCGGAGGAAGAGACACGAGACCCCGCCCACUCAACAGCAGCCAAUCAGACGACACAGGCGAAGCCCGGUGUGAUCAAAUAGGCCCCGAAAGAAACGUCUUUGUAUCGCACUCCCAUUGGACGGCGGGGUUUAUGGGCGGUAGUGUAGCAGACAUCCUCCCUGCGGGCCACUGAAGUCGACGUCGAUGGCACGAAACGAGGAAGUCGUUUCAGGGUUUUGGGGGGGGGGGGGGGGGGGGGGGGGCGCUCUGGAGGGAUCCCCUGUUCAGACCACUGUUCGCUGAAUGUGUCUCCCUGCCGGUGUUUCAACUUAGAAAUGAGCUCACCCGUAAAGCGUCGGUUGUAACGUUAAUCGUAGAUCUCCUCCAUGAGUCUCGGGAAAAGAGCGCUAUCGAACAGAAGGAGUGUUUUUUGUGCGAGUGGUGUACGGCCUCAUCCAGUCUGCUGUACCAGAAACUACUGCUGUUAUUCUGCCCCUACCGCCGCACCCACCACUCUACGCAGGGGGGGGGGGUUCUAGUUUUCUGUGCCUUCUCUCUCUCUGUCUUUUAAAUGCACAUUUUAUAGACAAGGAUAGGUGCUCUUCGAUGCUCAUCCUGGGAUGGAGGGGGGGGCCGGGUAUGGGUGGGUCUUUAGCUGCCUUUCUUACUCAGCUUGAGCUAGGUAUCAGACUGAAAGGUUGUUGGGAGGAAGGACACUUUGCCACGUUGAUUUAAAUUUUGUAUUCUCCCUGUGUGCAUCAAUCAGCGCAGAACAACUCCCAUACGUGUCGAGGGUAGACGUUUAGAUUUAUAUAGAGAUACUUAUUUGUUUGUUUACCACUUUGUUGUGAAGUCUGCUCUGGUGCCUCGUUUUUAAGUUUCUAGACAAUCAGGGCCAAUCUCUCUCUCUCUCUCUCACACACACACACACACACACACACACACACACACACACACACACACACACACACACACACACACACACACACACAAACCUCUUCUACGUACAGCAGCUUGACGUAUGAUUCCUUAUGAUUCCACUGAAUAUUAUCAUUCCAUUAAAUAGUAUAUACAUAUCUCAGAUAUGAUAUGAUAUUUUAAAUACAGUUGUAGGACAUAUGGUAAAUGUAUAGUAUCAAGUGUACUAUUUAUCAAAGGUUUUGUUUCACGUAAAAGUAAUGGUUUUAGACUUCUAAUACGACUUCUAUACUUGUUUCUGGCCCCUGAAACACUAAAACAAGAUUGUUAUUUCCAGACCAGAUCUAUCUUUACACAAACGGCGGUAUGUGAGCUCUAUGGAGGCUUUUGUCGGGAGAAGCACUUAUUUUGUAUUCCUUUUCAAUCUUUGUAGGUUUAGGGGACUGAGAUGCGACCGUUGCGGUUCUUUACUACACUGCCUCAUAGGAAGGUGUCCACUCGGUAGUAGUGUAAAGGUUUUGAACACAUGUCUAGGACACAGCAAUCACCUUCUGUAUUCCACUGCUUGAUCUACUCAUAAGCCUGCUGUUUGAUUUCCAUAUCGCACAUUUGGAAUGUACUGUAUUGUUUUAGACACAUAAUGCUUGUUUGUUAAGUAGUACUAUUGUAGGAUGAGGCUCUUUCGUAUAUGCUUAAUCAUGUAAGGGACUUAAAACGGAUCACUGUUAGACCACCUCUGCUGCUUACUAUUUUGGAGGAAUUACUAACUCUACUACUGAACUGGCUUGAAGACCUAUUGUUAUGAUGUAGUGGUCAUGUGUUAUUUUAUGUUUGUUGUUUUCCGAUAUUAACAUGGGAUAGAUUGCAUAAAGUGAACUGAAUGUAUUUUACUUAUUCAAUCAUCGGGUAAAAAUAUAUUCAUCAUAUACCGUAUGCACGGUUCAUAUCUCCAUGCAUAGGUUAUGUUUAUUUUUAUUUUAUAUCUAUAUGUUGUGCCUAAUGGAUUAAGACUAUGUGUCACGGAUUGCAGUAGCGGGAAUGUGGUAUUAAGGGGUGCCCCCUAGUGGCAGAACCUAUUUUGGCACCACAAGCCACGUGGACUCACUGACUGAAUGGAAAUCUGCAGUUUUGUGGCAUGAAUAUUUAUGCAGAGUCAUUCACUUUUUCCUUUUUACUUUUUUCUAUUUAGCUUAAGCUUUGCAGUGUUUCAUGGAAGAUGCUUUCGAGUCACAUGAUUCAUCCACGCAUUUCUAAGGUACAGAACCAACAAUUCCUUGAAUGGGUUCAUAUUACAUUAACGUUAACAGUAUCUGAACAUGAGAUAUGUGAAGAUUAUACAUUAUUUUUUACUUUAAUAGUUGUAUAGAGGCAAUGUUUAUUUAUAGAGCAAUACUAAAUCUGCGUCUUACGAAGAUUACACAUACUGUCUUGACUAAACAUUGAACUUUCUUGACAUGUCAUCUCACAGAUCAUUACGGAGGAUGUUUUAUUUAAUUAUUACACAUUUUGUUAAUAUAUAUAUAUAUAUUUAGCAUACAAUUGAGUACAUAAUGCAGAAGGCAAAUGCGAGCAGCCAGAUUUGCACUUGCAUUUGUAUAAUUAUACAACCCUCACAUUGUAAAUCUCGGGCCAUUGUGAUUGUAUAUGCCUGGCUGUCAAUAUUUUGAUUUCAUUAAGACGAGAAUGACAAUAUAAAAAGUGAGAUGUGGAUAGGUGACAACCAUGUGAUUAAAGGACUGCGACAGUUAUGCUAGUGUGAUGAUGUCGCAUGCUGUCAUCGCUGCUCCCUUUAUUUGCUGACCAUCUCGAGAGAAGAUUUGAUUGAAAGGGUAGCCAAGCCCAUCCUGGUGUGUGUGUGUGUGUGUGUGUGUGAAACGGGACAAUGCCAACACAAAUGUAGGUGACUGUGAUGGACUUGGCUAGUAGAGUUGUAAAACUGAGCAAAUACAUGUUCAAAUAAAAAAAACAUAACCCAAAAA